GGGUGUUGUCCUGUUUGGUGAGCGAUAUGACAAGUUGACAACGCCGAAUCUAAUGAUCAAACAAUUUUAUUUGAAUUUGUGACUAACUCAUAAUUUGUAUUUAUUGCUUCAAUUUGGUUUAAAUAUGAAGUUAUGAUGAGCAGCCCUGUGUAUUAUUUUGUUGUGGUGCUUUGUUUUAGCAUAUCAAGUACAAAAUCAGAUUCAGUCCGUUAUUAUUACGACUACGAAUGUAAUGAACCUCUCUUAGACUACGCUAAAUUGACUGCUACUUCUAGCUUACGGGAAAGAGGACCGGAUAAUGCUAAAUUACAUGGGACAUCAGCAUGGACGGCGAAAGAGAGCUCGUAUAACCAGCACUUGACGAUAAACCUGCACAAGAGGCGGGAGUUGCGCGCGGUGGCCACGAGGGGCCGGUUCGCGACCGACGAGUUCGUCUCGGAGUACAUGAUACAGUACUGCGAUGAUGGCGAGAGUUGGAGGGAUCUGACCGACGCGGAGGGAUAUGCACAGAUGUUCGAAGGUAACCACGACGGUAACACGGUAGUGAAGAACGAAUUCGAAGUGCCUAUAAUAGCUCAGUAUAUAAGAAUCAAUCCCAUGAGAUGGCGGGACAAGAUAUCAAUGAGAGUCGAACUGUACGGCUGUGAUUAUGUUGCCGAUACGCUAUUCUUCAACGGUACAUCACUAGUGAAGAUAGACCUUCUCCGGGAUCCCAUAUCAGCGUCUCGGGAAACAGUUCGAUUCCGGUUCAAGACUAGUGUCGCCUCCGGGGCUCUGCUGUACUCUAGAGGCACUCAGGGGGAUUAUAUAGCGCUGCAGUUGAGGGACAAUCGACUUGUGCUUAAUGUUGAUCUGGGUUCAGGCGCAGCUACAUCUCUCUCUGUGGGCAGUCUACUCGACGAUAACAUAUGGCAUGAUGUAGUCAUCUCCAGGAAUAGAAGGAACAUCAUUUUCUCUGUCGAUAGAGUUAUUGUGCAAGGCAGGAUUAGAGGAGAGUUCUCCAGGCUGAAUCUUAAUAGAGCGAUGUACAUCGGAGGAGUUCCCAACUCGCAAGAGGGUCUAGUAGUGAAGCAGAACUUCACAGGGUGCGUGGAGAACAUGUACCUCAACGCUACCAAUAUUAUAGCGCAACUCAAGGAGGGCUACGAUACGGGCGAACCUUUCAAGUAUCAGAAAGUGAACACCCUGUAUAAUUGUCCUGAACCACCAAUAGUACCCGUGACGUUCCUAAAAGAAGGUUCGUACGCGAAACUACGUGGUUACUCCGGAGGGAAUACCCUCAACGUGUCUCUGGAGUUCCGCACUUAUGAGAUGCAUGGACUGUUGAUAUAUCAUAAGUUCAAAUCUGAGGGAUAUGUUAAGGUGUUCUUAGAAGAAGGUAAAGUGAAAGUCGAGCUAUUCACAGAAGGCUCGCCCAAAAUCAAACUAGAUAACUACGCUGACACAUACAACGAUGGACGUUGGCAUGCCUUGGUGCUCACGCUGGCGCCGGACACGCUCACGCUAGCGGUGGACUAUAGACCAGUGAAGACUACGAAGAAAUUGAAGUUCUUUACAGGCAGUACUUAUUAUAUUGCUGGGGGCAAAGGGCCGCCGCGCGGGUUCGUGGGGUGCAUGCGGCGCAUCGCCCUGGACAGCAACUACCGCCUGCCCACCGACUGGAAGCCCGAGGAGUUCUGCUGCCCCAACGAGGUUGUGUUCGACGCCUGCCACAUGAUCGAUAGAUGCAAUCCAAACCCGUGCGAGCACGGAGGCGUGUGCGUGCAGACCGCGGACGAGUUCACGUGCGAUUGUUCAGCUACGGGAUACGCAGGCGCUGUGUGCCAUUCUUCGGUCCACCCUCUCUCGUGCCAAGCGUACGCGAACGCAGCGGGUCUGACCCGUUCCGCAGAUAUACAGGUGGACGUGGACGGUUCCGGACCUCUUCCCGCCUUCCCGGUUACUUGUCAGGCUUAUUCGGACGGUCGAAUCAUAACGGCAGUGCGUCACGCAGCAGCGGGCGGGUCCGUGGUCGACGGGUACCAGGAGCCCGGCAGCUUCAGACAGGACAUAGAGUACGACGCGACGCGGGCGCAGUUGGAGGCCCUGCUGAACAGGUCGCACACGUGCUCACAGCGGCUCGACUAUAUGUGCCGGCAUUCGAGACUGCUCAACUCGCCCAGCGAGGAGGCGAACUUCCACCCGUUCGCGUGGUGGGUGUCGCGCACGGGCCAGCGCAUGGACUACUGGGCCGGCGCGCAGCCCGGCUCGCGCAUGUGCGCGUGCGGCGUGCUCGGCGCGUGCGCAGACCCCAGCAAGUGGUGCAACUGCGACGCGGAGCGGCCGCCGCACGAUGCGCACGAAUUCCAAAUGGACGGUGGCGAUAUAACCGAGAAAGAGUACUUGCCGGUCAAGCAGUUGCGUUUUGGAGAUACAGGCAGCCAUCUGGACGAAAAAGAAGGCCGGUACACGCUUGGCCCUUUACUGUGUGAAGGAGAUGAUUUAUUCAGCAACGAGAUAACGUUCCGUAUAUCAGACGCGGUGGUCACUCUGCCAACUUUCGACCUCGGUCACAGCGGUGACAUCUACUUUGAGUUUAAAACGACCAAGGAAAAUGCUGUUUUGCUGCAUGCUAAGGGUCCGCAAGACUACAUAAAGCUGUCCAUCAUCGGCGGGGACCAGCUUCAAUUCCAGUUCCAAGUGGGAGAUACGCCGCUCGGUGUCUCCGUGGAGACCAGCUCCAGGCUCGCUGAUGACCACUGGCACUCCGUCUCCAUCGAGAGGAACAGAAAAGAAGCUCGCGUAGUAGUGGACGGGGCGUUAAAGAACGAGAUACGUACAGCCAAAGAGCCAGUACGAGCGCUACAUCUCACCACGGCGCUGGUGCUGGGCGCCACGCUGGAGCGCAAGGACGGCUUCGUGGGCUGCAUGCGCGCGCUGCUGCUCAACGGCAAGCCGGUCGACUUGCGCUCGUAUGCCAGACGCGGUCUAUACGGAAUAUCAGAAGGGUGCGUGGGCAAGUGCAUAUCGUCCCCGUGCCUCAACAACGGCACGUGCCUCGAGCGAUACGACACAUAUUCUUGUGACUGUCGAUGGACUGCCUUCAAAGGACCUAUCUGUGCUGAUGAAAUUGGUGUAAACCUCCGUCCCAACUCAAUGGUGAAAUACGACUUCCUCGGCUCAUGGCGGUCCACGAUCAACGAGAAGAUACGCGUGGGUUUCACCACCACGAACCCGAGGGGAUUCCUGCUGGGUUUCUACUCGAAUAUAUCCGGGGAGUACCUCACGCUCAUGGUGUCUAACUCGGGGAGUCUCCGCGUGGUGUUCGACUUCGGUUUCGAGCGGCAGGAGAUAAUAUUCCAGGGCAAGCACUUCGGGCUCGGCCAGUACCACGACGUGCGGCUCUCGCGUAAGGACAGCGGCGCUACUAUGGUUCUGCAGGUGGACAACUACGAGACGCAGGAGUACCACUUCAACAUCCGCGAGAGCGCGGACGCACAGUUCAACAACAUCCAGUACAUGUACAUCGGGCGCAACGAGAGCAUGGGCGAGGGCUUCGCGGGCUGCGUCAGCCGCGUCGAGUUCGACGACAUCUACCCGCUCAAGCUGCUCUUCCAGCAGGACCCGCCCGCCAACGUGCGCUCUAUCGGCGGUAUCCUCCACGAGGACUUCUGCGGCGUAGAGCCUGUGACCCACCCCCCCGCACCGCUGGAGACCCGCCCCCCGCCCUAUGUGGACAGCGACGCGGAUCUGGACUACCAUCGCACGGACGAGGCUAUACUUGCUACUGUGCUGGCCUUCAUCUUCCUUCUACUGAUCGUUGUGGCCAUUGUUUUGGUGCGAACGCUAUCUCGACAUAAGGGAGAAUAUCUCACUCAGGAGGAGCGCGGUGCGGAGGGCGCGGAGGGACCCGACGCGGCUGCACUCGCGGCAGCAACCGGACCCCGGGUCACCAAGCGGAGGGAGUUCUUCAUUUAGUGCUGCACACAGAGA